GCAAGAUGGCGGCUGGAUUCAAAACGGUAGAACCCUUGGAAUACUACAGAAAAUUCCUGAAAGAAAAUUGUCGACCUGAUGGAAGGGAAUUGGGUGAAUUCAGAACAACAACGCUCAAUAUAGGUUCAAUUACAACUGCGGAUGGAUCUGCAUUGGUGAAGUUGGGGAAUACGACAGUAGUUUGUGGUAUUAAAGUGGAAUUUGCAGCACCAACAGUGGAUGCUCCAAAUAAAGGGUAUGUAGUACCAAAUGUGGAUUUACCACCCUUAUGUUCUUCAAGGUUUCGGCCAGGCCCUCCUGGGGAACAAGCACAAGCUGCAAGUCAGUUUAUUUUUGAUGUCAUAGAAAAUUCUCAAAUUAUACAGAAGGAGGAUCUCUGUAUUGAGAAAGGAAAGCUUGCAUGGGUUUUAUAUUGCGACAUGAUGUGCUUAGAUUAUGAUGGAAACUUGCUGGAUACCUGUUUAACAGCACUGUUAGCAGCACUGAAAAAUGUCCAGUUGCCUUCAGUGUCGAUCAAUGAAGAAACAGGUUUGGCAGAAGUUAACAUGAACCAGAAAAAUCAGCUGAACAUCAGAAAGAACCCAGUUGCUACAUCUUUUGCCAUUUUUGAUAACACAAUAUUUAUUGUAGAUCCUACGGCUGAGGAGGAGGCCCUGUCAUCGGGGAUGGUUACAAUAGUAAUUGAUGAAGAGGACAGACUUUGUGCUGUACAUAAACCAGGAGGAAGUGUUCUCUCUAGUGAAAAACUUCAGGACUGCAUUGUUCGUGCACAAACAAGACACAGAGAAGUUCAUAAGCUGCUCACUGAAGUGAUAAAGAGUGUAACACCCAUUAUAAAUGCGAAAGAGAGAAUAGUUAAACCUGCAAGUGAAAGUUUGACUGUACAAUAAACCAAAUUUUUUUCAAAUCAAUAAAUAUAUACAUGUUUUUAAACUCAAGUUCAGAAAAUGAUUCUUACUGGAACAAAAGAUUAUACUAUAUACACCAUGGAUGAGUUUCGUUUUAAAAAUAAUUAAAAAACAUUCACCACCACAAAAGGUAAA